GAAUCGGAGGGAGCCAAAAAAAAAAAAAAAAAAAAAAGGUUCCUUUUGUUCUUUUUUUUCCCCACUUUUAUCAAACUUUUACAAUUUAGGUUUGAUCGACUCACUGUUUUGUUUUCAAAUUCAACCCCAAAUUUAUUAUUAGUUUAUGCUGAGAGAUUCGAAGAGGGUUCUGUUCUGUGUAGAAAACUGAACUAAACAUACAAUUACAGCUCAGUCAUUGCUCUAUCUUUCGCUACUGAGAUUAGGGUUCUUCUUCUCUACUGUUGUUACUGCUUUAUCGAUUACUGUUGUUGUUGUAAUUUAUAUAAUGGAGGAGACUAUUCAAGCUCAAGAACAUGAUGAUUCGCCUCAACAUUAUCAUCAUCAGAAAGAAGAGUGUGAAGAAGAAGAAUCAUCUUUAGUGCAGCAACAAUCGAGAAGGCCGAGCCUCUCCUCUCUGCAAAUACCUACAAGGUCCAUGGAAAGCACAUUGUCCAAUUUCACAAGCAUUGAUACUCCUCAGGUGCCAAGUCCUAGUUCUACCAGAUCAGGACUUCCCCCUAGGCCGAGUUCAGUCAAGUUCAAAUCGUCCAUGAGAAAUCUACUUCCUCAGAGAAGCUUCAGGGGUAAAAACUUGUCUCAGGAUGGUGAGAAGACAGUUCUCAUCAUCCCAGAAACACCUCCAUCGGAUAGGCCCUCUACUUCAUUCUCAAGGACAUUUUCUCUCAACAAGGUCUUUUUCUCUUCAUCAACCAAAUCACCCCAUUCUUUACCAGUGACACCAGUUUCAAAUUCGUCUAUCAAGUCUGCAAAUGAAAGGAAUCUGGAUGACCAUUCUGAAUUCUCUAAACCAGAAAGUCAACAUCAUAUGAGGCGUUCAUUUUCAGUUCCAGUAAAUAUCAAAGCCAGAAGCUUGAGGCGGACGGAUUCUACUGGUGGUUUGAUCCGUGUAAUAUCAGUGACACCUCGUCCUGUAACAGUUGUUGGUGCCUCUCCAAGUGAAUCCAGAGAAACGGAAAUCGCCAGUGAUCGUGCUGGGGAAGAUAUUCCCGAAGAGGAAGCUGUUUGUAGAAUUUGUUUGGUUGAACUUGGUGAAGGUGGUGAAGUUCUAAAGAUGGAGUGCAGCUGCAAAGGAGAGCUUGCACUUGCUCACCAAGAGUGUGCUGUGAAGUGGUUUAGCAUUAAAGGUAACAAGAUCUGUGAUGUCUGCAAGCAGGAUGUUCAAAACCUUCCAGUAGCGUUAUUGAAAAUACAAAAUCCUCGGACUGUUGUAAUAAGACAACCACCAGCUGUUGCGCAACAGAGGGAAGUCACUCGUUACAGGAUCUGGCAAGAUGUACCUGUUCUUGUUAUGGUCAGCAUGCUUGCAUAUUUUUGCUUUCUGGAGCAACUUCUGGUGUCUGAUCUUGGUCCUCGAGCUCUUGCUCUUUCUUUACCUUUCUCCUGUAUUUUGGGUCUUGUUUCAUCACUGAUAACUUCUACCAUGGCAGUGAGCAAGAGUUAUAUGUGGGCUUAUGCUACAUUCCAGUAUGCAAUCGUGAUCCUCUUCGCUCAUAUCUUUUAUACUUUACUCAAUGUAAAUCCAAUUCUCUCGGUGCUCCUUUCCUCAUUCACUGGGUUCGGGAUUGCAAUCAGCACAAAUUCACUUAUUGUCGAGUACCUGAGAUGGAGAUCAAGCCGAAACCCUAACUUUUCACAUCAGCAUUUUAAUGGUGGUGCUCAGCCGCCACAGCAGCAGCAGCAGCCACACCAAAAUCAGCAAGAGCAACAGGUGCUGCGGCAGCAACAGCAAAACCGACAACAACAAUCAAUAGAAAAUCUUCCUGUAGGACCUACGGAUGAUGCUAGGCUGCAUGAAAUGAGGAUCUAGAUCACAUAAAUCGGGGAAGAUGAGAAAUUUUGGCUAUUAUUUACCGAUGAGAGGUAUUAUUGUCCAGGACUAAUUUCUUGAUGUCGAAAACAUUCUAAUGAUUAAUCAGCGAAAAGGGAGCAAUGUUCACUGGCACACACUGCACUGACGUGGCUACACCAAUGGCUCGGAUGUGUUUUGUGGCUGUGCAGUCUGUGGCAGUGAAUAAUUUUUUGGCAAAAAGGGGACACUCAAAUUGUACUCAUAACCUCUACAUAUGGUCAAUUGAUUUACCGGAAAGCGCAACAUUACUGAGCUGGAAAGAGAAUGUUAUUCAUUAUGCCCAAACUAGUUGUUGAAAUUCUCUAAUUGGUUUUGUUUUCAUAAUUUAUUUUCUGAAUUUUUUUUUUUGGCAAUUUUUCUUGGUUGGCCCAUGGUGUGUUGAUUACCUCUAUAUGUACAAAAACUAAACACAAAAUGGGAUAUUGCCUAAUCAUGAGGGGUGGGGCUUACAUGUGUGACCCACCCUUUGUGAGAGGAUUAUGUGUUAUUCUAAUUUCUAUGUUGCUAGGAUUAUUGAUAUUGUGUUACAACAGUGUGCUCUGUUACUUUUUGGUUCAAUAAUGUUGCCUAGAAGCAU